UUCGGGGAAGCAGUUUUCUGCAGAAAUGCAACAAGUAGCACCCGGGGCUCACAGAGCGCCCUGCGCCGCCUGACUUGGCAGGGCGAAGCCCGCCUGCAGAGACCCGGGCCAGCCACCGGACAAAGGGCGGAGGAGGGGCUGGACGGCGCAGCGAAGUCCGAAAGAGGCCAUUUAGCGACUCUGGCCAGGCCAAGGGGAAUGCAGAGGAGACACAGAGCCAGCAGGCCAAGAGGACGAUCCGGCCGCAGCACGCAGGGCGGGCGGCGAUGGAGUCUGCCCGGGCCGUGCGCUUUCUGCUGGUGGUGUGCGGCUGCUUUGCGUUCCCGCCGCGGGUCGAACCCGUGUGCCCGGAGCGCUGCGACUGCCAGCACCCCCAGCAUCUCCUGUGCACCAACAGGGGGCUCCGCGCCGUGCCCAAAACCAGCUCGCUGCCAAGCCCACACGACGUGCUGACUUACAGCCUCGGCGGCAACUUCAUAACCAACAUCACUGCCUUCGACUUCCACCGCCUGGGGCAGCUAAGACGGCUGGACUUGCAGUACAACCAGAUCCGCUCUCUCCACCCCAAGACCUUCGAGAAGCUCUCGCGACUGGAGGAGCUCUACCUAGGGAACAACCUCCUGCAGACGCUCGCCCCGGGCACGCUGGCUCCGCUGCGCAAGCUUCGCAUCCUCUAUGCCAAUGGGAAUGAGAUCGGCCGCCUCAGCCGGGGCUCCUUCGAGGGCCUGGAGAGUCUGGUCAAACUGCGGCUGGAUGGAAACACCCUGGGGGCGCUACCAGACGCAGUCUUCGCCCCCCUGAGCAACUUGCUCUAUCUACAUCUGGAAUCCAACCGGAUCCGCUUUUUGGGCAAGAACGCCUUCGCCCACUUGGGCAAGCUGCGCUUCCUCAACCUCUCUGCCAACGAACUGCAGCCCUCCCUGCGCCAUGCGGCCACCUUCGCACCGCUGCGCUCACUGGCCACCCUCAUCCUCUCCGCUAACAGCCUGCAACACCUUGGGCCCCGCGUUUUCCAGCACCUGCCACGCCUAGGCCUACUCUCUCUCAGGGGCAACCAGCUCUCACACCUCGCACCAGAGGCCUUUUGGGGUUUGGAGGCCCUACGCGAGCUGCGCCUGGAGGGCAACAGGCUGAGCCAGCUGCCCACGGCGCUGCUGGAGCCUCUGCACAGCCUGGAGGCGCUGGACCUGAGUGGCAACGAACUGUCCGCCCUGCACCCCGCCACCUUUGGCCGCCUCGGCCGGUUGCGCGAGCUCAGCCUGCGCGACAAUGCCCUCAGUGCUCUCUCCGGGGACAUCUUCGCCGCCAGUCCAGCCCUUUACCGGCUAGAUCUAGACGGUAAUGGCUGGACCUGCGACUGCCGGCUGCGGGGCCUGAAGCGCUGGAUGGGCGACUGGCAUUCACAGGGCCGUCUCCUCACUGUCUUCGUGCAGUGUCGCCAUCCCCCGGCCCUGCGGGGCAAGUACCUGGAUUAUCUGGAUGACCAGCAGCUGCAAAACGGGUCUUGCGUGGAUCCGUCGCCUUCAGCUUCCCCGACCACAGAAGGCAGGCGACAACUCCUACCCACAGCUGCGGGGGAGAUGAUGACACCCCCUGCAGAUGGUCUCACAGAGGAGCUGCUGCCGCAGCCUCAGUCCCAGCAGCGGGGGCGAUUUCUAACUGGGGUGGCCUGGGAUGGGGCCACCAGGGGGCUCGUGGGCAACAGGAGCGCCCUCAGGCUGAGCAGGUGGGGCCCCGGCCUCCAGCAGCCCGGCCCCUCCGUGCCUGCCGCCGCGGGCCUGGGUCCACAUCCCCUGGACCUACACCAGAAGCCCAAGCUGGGACGUCCGACCCGGGCCGAUCCCGCCCACGUGGAGCCCACCCCAACGGCUGCACACGGCUCUGCAACAUCGCCCGCCCGCGAGCCCUGGCAGCGCGUGGCAAAGCAGCGCCUGGCCGCAGAGCAGCAGGACAGUGCCGCUCAGUCCGACGGCGGCGUCAGUCUGCCGCCACUGGUGUCCGACCCUUGCGACUUUAACAAAUUCAUCUUGUGCAACCUGACCGUGGAGGCGGUGGGCGCCGACAGCGCCUCGGUGCGCUGGGCCGUGCGCGAGCACCGCAGUCCCCGGCCGCUGGGCGGCGCGCGCUUCCGCCUGCUCUUCGACCGCUUUGGCCAGCAGCCCAAGUUCCACCGCUUCGUCUACCUGCCCGAGCGCAGCGACUCAGCCACGCUCCGCGAGCUGCGCGGGGACACCCCCUACCUGGUGUGUGUGGAGGGUGUGCUCGGGGGCAGGGUCUGCCCCGUGGCUCCCCGAGACCACUGCGCGGGGCUGGUCACCCUGCCGGAGGCCGGGAGCCGGGGCAGCGUGGACUACCAGCUGUUGACCUUGGCCCUGCUGACCGUCAACGCGCUCCUGGUGCUCCUGGCCUUGGCCGCCUGGGCGUUUCGCUGGCUGCGGAGGAAGCUGCGGGCCAGGCGGAAGGGGGGGGCCCCGGUCCACGUUCGCCACAUGUACUCCACCCGACGGCCCCUGCGCUCCAUGGGCACCGGUGUGUCCGCAGACUUCUCGGGAUUCCAGUCGCACCGGCCGCGCACUACCGUGUGCGCGCUCAGCGAGGCAGACCUCAUUGAGUUUCCCUGCGACCGCUUCAUGGACAGUGCUGGCGGCGGGGCCGGCGGCAGCUUGAGGCGGGAGGACCAUCUCCUGCAGCGAUUUGCAGACUAGGUCCAGGGCCUCCUGGCGUGGUGACCAUCUCACUGGCCUUGAGGAGCCAUCUCUCCGUAGGCCCAUCUCAGGGGAAGACCCUACUUUAUCAAAUCUUCUCCCCACCUUUUGUUAACUUCACUGAGAGGCCAUAGGGGACAGAGGGCCAAUUCGGGAGCCAAAUCCUAAUUCUCAGUACUUACUGAUGAAAUAAAUGGAUAGUACUUGGUGGCCUGGGAAAAGAGGACUCGUGUGCUGGGGUUGGAGAACUUGGCAUAGCUGUGGGAAUGGCUUUUGUAGCAUUGCAGUGCGACAGCCUGUCCUCUUCUGGGGUAGCAAAGGGUGCUUGUGUCCCCAACAUGCCCUGAAAGAGGUUUGGGUGCAUGCUUUUUGUUUGUUCAGUGUCAAACAGAGGGAUUUUGUUUCUAUUUAAGGAAAAAGGAACUUAUUACCAUUACAAAGGAGGCUUGGCAACUGACUCCACUGGUCUGGUGGUCUCUGCCAAGAAGUGUGAUAUAAACAGGUGGUAAAGUUUAACACACUCGCCAAGGAACUCAUAUGUUGGCUGGUAGAGCAUUCAGGAUACCUUAAAGUUUAAAUAAUGAGAUGCAAUUUUUUUUCAACAAUGUGAAGAGCUCUAACAUUUAACAAACUGACCCAUAAACUCAAGGAUUGUUUUCGUUGGACUGAGCUGUUCAACUAUUUUCCUUUUAACAUUAACAGUACAGGAACAUUUGCUGACUUUGAGAAUAACUAAGAUUACAUACUCUCAGGAGAAGGCUGCAUGCAAGACUUCUCUGUCAGGGUUGCUCCUGUGGCUUUUUAAUUUUAUUUUUUCUAAACUUAUAUAUGGAAAAAGGAAAUUUCAAUGCCAGAUUGGAUUAAAGAAUGUAUAUGUAACUGAUGACCCCCUAGGGAACUCCAGCGUUUUAGUUCACUUACCACAUCUGUGACAGUGUGUUUCGAUUGUAAUAAAUGUGAUUGUGGUACUUC